GAGGGAAACCCCGUGGAUUAGCCUGAGAGCGCUUGUGAGGAUCAGCUGUGGACCGUAGUUAGCCAGCCGGACCAGGAACGCUAGUAUUCCCUACUCUCAGUCGUGUGCAGCCAUGGACAAGAGCGAGUUGGUACAGAAGGCCAAGCUGGCCGAGCAGGCGGAGCGCUACGAUGACAUGGCGGCCGCCAUGAAGGCCGUGACGGAGGAGGGCAACGAGUUGUCCAACGAGGAGCGCAACCUGCUGUCGGUGGCCUACAAGAACGUGGUGGGCGCGCGCCGUUCCUCAUGGAGGGUGGUCUCCAGCAUCGAGCAAAAGACUGAAGGCAGCGACAAGAAGCAGCAAAUGGCCAAAGAGUACCGGGAAAAGAUUGAGAAGGAACUGAAGGACAUCUGCACUGACGUGCUAGACCUGCUGGACAAGUUCCUCAUCCCCAAGGCCACUCCCGCCGAGAGUAAAGUCUUCUACCUGAAGAUGAAGGGGGAUUACUACCGUUACCUGGCAGAGGUGGCUCUGGGCGAGGAGAAGGCCUCCAUCAUCUCCAACUCGCAGGAGGCCUACAAAGAUGCGUUUGACAUCAGCAAGACAGAGAUGCAGCCGACCCACCCCAUCCGCCUGGGCCUGGCCCUCAACUUCUCCGUCUUCUACUACGAGAUCCUCAACUCGCCCGAGCAGGCAUGCAAACUGGCCAAGACGGCUUUUGACGAGGCCAUCGCAGAGCUCGACUCGCUGAACGAAGAGUCGUACAAAGACAGCACGUUGAUCAUGCAGCUACUGCGAGACAACCUCACACUGUGGACCUCAGACAACCAGGGAGAUGGCGAGGACACUGAGGAGGGCCGAGAAAACUGAAUCUCAACCUGUCCCGUGACGGACCAACCCCCCACCCCACCUCAACCCGAACCCGAAUCCUAAUCCUAACCCUUACCCCAUCCCGACCUACCCUCGCACUCCAACCCCUUUCGUCCUCCUUACCCCCCCCCCCGAACCUGUCGUCGUUGUCGUCCUGGCGCACCAUCAACACUGAGACCACCUCAUUGUCCAGCUUCAGUCUCUCUUAGCUCUCUACCCCCCUCCCCUCCCCAACCCCCCCUUGCCGUCUCUCUGUUCCCUACUUUUCUAGUCAUUGUGGGCUUUUCCCUCUGGGGUCUGUGUGUCCGUGGGGAGGGGGUGGGGUGGGUGGAUACAAGG